GGGAGAGCAGCAGAGAGCAGGAGCGGAGAGGGAGAGAGAGAGGGAGCAGGAGGAGGAGGAGGAGGAGAGUCGCAGCAGAGGGUCGAAAUCUCGGUGACAGCGAGUUGGAGUAAGGAGAGAGAGAGAGAGAGAGAGAGAGAGAGAGGGCAAGAUCGUGAUCAGCGUGUCUUAAUUCAAUUUUGUUAUUUCGGUGUCUUUUAUUGGAGUCGUUUUUCUCUUCGUCUGUCGAGUAUUGUAGCGGAAGGAAGGGUUUUGUGGGAGAGGGAGAGGAAGUCUGUUGUAGGUCGAGGAGCUUUGGAAGGGCGGCCGAGGGGACGAGGGGACCAGAGAGAGAGAGGAGGAACAGUGGGAGAGAGAGCAGCAGCAGGAGCGAGGAGUCAUAGAAGAGAGUUUUUGCAGCUCGAGAGGAGAGAGAGAGAGAGGGAGAGAGCGCGAGAGGGAGGUGAGAGAAAACUUUGUUGUUUGGGGCGAGAAGAGGCAGCGGGAGUCGAUUGUCGAGAGAGGGAGGGAGGGAAGGAGCGAGGGUGGGGGAAGGAGGUUGGAAGAGUUGUGGGAGAGAAGAGGGCGAGAAGGAGGAGAGGAGGGAGAGCGGCAGGCAGGCAGGGGCGGAGUCUGUUGGUGGUGAAGAGUUUUGGGACUGGAUUGUAGUUGAAGGAGAGAGAAAUUGCGGAAGAGCUGAGAAGAACUGAGUAAAGUUCAAAUUUAAGAUCAGUGAAGGGUAAACGAAACUUUUAAGAGUUGCAGAAGGCCUGUGGGGGUAUAAUUGCGAAGACCAGAGCAAAUGCGAAUUGUAAGGGAGCCGUAGAACGAGCGGGUGGAGCGUCUAGUCCAAGCCCCGGAGACCAUUUUCCUGUUUCGAAGGGAGGGAGCGGAGCAGAGCAAAGCUGCCUACGUGCCGAGGUCGAGACCGGGAGGGGGUUGCAGGCAAAUUAGAAGGGAGGAACUAGGAGAUUGGCGGAGCAUUGGCGAAUCGCAGAGGCAAUCCGCUUUCAGAGGCAUUUUAUCUCCUGUUUAUUCCUUUCGGGGGUUUUUUGAGGAGGGAGUUGGAUGUCGGUGGUGCUGGAUACUCAAGCCAAGCUUGGGAUGAGUCUUGACGACUUAACGUCCCGCUCGUCCUCACGCCGCAUUCAAAGCGGCAUUGUUGGCAAGAGAGCUUUUCGCCGAAGCAUCCCCUACAAAGUGUUCCCUCGUGAGAAGAGUGGGUUUGCUCGUCCCCCAGCCAGGCCGCUCUUAGAGCUAUGUAAUAACUGCAGACGCACGGGACAUUUUGCAAGGGACUGUCCCAAUGCAUCGGUCUGCAACAAUUGUGGUGUUUCAGGGCAUAUAGCUGCAGCGUGCCCAACUGAACCACUAUGCCGUAACUGCAAGAAACCCGGGCACAUUGCGAGUGAGUGUCACAAUGAGCCAGUGUGCAACAUGUGUGGGAAACCUGGCCACAUCGCCAAGGGUUGUGCUGCACAGGAGCUGGGUCUUCCGAAGUCUAGGCUAUGCAACAAUUGCUAUCGACCAGGACAUGUCUCAGUCGACUGUCCCAACGAGAAGGCGUGUAACAACUGCCGGCAAUCUGGCCAUUUGGCCCGUGAUUGUCUAAAUAGCCCAGUUUGCAAUGGGUGUAGCCAGCCCGGUCACAUCGCUCGGGACUGCCCCAGACUGGCUGUGGGCGGUGGAGGGACUAGACCAAAUGAGAACUUUCCGAACGUGGUUUGUCGGAACUGUAAGCAACCUGGACACAAAGGGAAGGAUUGUCUCCAGGUCAUUAUCUGUAAUAACUGUGGUGGGCGCGGACACAUGGCCGUGGAGUGCCCAUCCGAUCCUAUGUUGGCUCGAGGCGUUCGACGUCGGUGAUUGUGGAGCUUCUGGAGGAAGCAGUGGCCAAUCAGCCAUGAGAGCCCGCCGGAUGUUGUCUCGAGGUGUCUGACAAUAUGGAUCUUUUGAAGAAAGAGCAGAGUACCUAUCAAUCGUGGGUUUAGUUUCUCUGUGGAUUCUAUAAAUUGAUCUUGACGUUUAAAUGGAAGACUCAAAAAGGCCAAACUGCUUAGAAUUAGAGAGCUAGAGAAUUUACUAGGUUUGAAAUCUCGGCUCUCCAUCACAACAUGACUUUGUAAAGGUUUUAUUUGUUUCCCCCUUUUUCUUUUUCUUUUACCUUAAAUCGGCAGAUGGAGUAGUUUCCAACCCGAAGCGUGCAUUCCAGCUUUUGUGGUUUAGUCAGCCGGGAGUACGCAGCAUUUCGAGCUUGUGAUUUAGCUGAGACGCCUGGUUAUUUAAAGCGGCUCAGACAGUUGUAUACUUCUUCAUCAUAUGUCAAGAAUGUCUCUCCUCGACAGAUUUUUGCUGUAGUAGAGGAAAGUCAUUGGACAUGUCACGAUGACAAAUACACGAUACUUACGGGAUGAAACAUUUUGCAAUCACGAGUUCUCAGUUUUGCCUCAUCUUUCUGACUUUGUCCAUAUAAGACGCGUUUAAUAAAUCAUUAAAUGCUGUUGGGUUUUAUCUUGAACUUCACGCAGGAAGUCAAGACUG